GACGCCAGAUUUUUUACAUGCCCUACGUCUUAACUUAACAUUUAAAAAUUGACUAUGAAUCUUUAAAACAUUAAUUAAUACAGUGAUUUUAAAAACAUGUCUGAUAUAAAUGAGCUGUUGAUGAAAAAAAAUCCCUUAUUGAAAGAUGUAAUAUGGGAAGUAAGAAACACAAAAUAUGCAGGUCAAGGGUUGUUUGCAAAAAGAAAUGUUGAAAAUGGUGAAAUAAUAUUCAAAGAAGUUCCUAUCGUUGUGGGGCCCAGAAUGACAGGACUGCAGCUUACAGCUUGUAUCGUUUGUUGUAGCGUCAAAAAGCCACUGAGAAAAUGUUUUAAAAACUGUCAUUUACCUGUAUGCAGUUCAGAAUGUGAAAACUCCCCUGAGCAUGACAAAGAAUGCAAAGUUUUAAGACAAAUAUUAAUAAAUGAUGAUUUGUGGUCAUUAAAACUUUAUCAUAUUUUGACUCAAUUGCGUUGUUUAUUGGUAGAAGAAGAAGACCGUGAAAUAAUCAAAAAAUUGCAUGCCAACUCUAAAGAAUCUGUUCGCAAAGAGAUCUAUAAAAUAAAGGAAAUUGUUGGCGAUUUUCUCAGUGAGAGUGAUGAAGAGUGGAUUGAACAUUGCUGUGGGGUCUUAAAUAGCACAGCUUAUGAAAUAACGUUUGGUGCAGAUACCCCUUUGAGCUUAAGAGGGCUUUAUCCUUUGGCAGCAAUCAUGAACCAUGAUUGUUCCCCAAACACAAGGCAUUUUUACUCAAAAGAAGAUCCAUUUAUGAUGAUAGUGGUUGCAACAAAACGAAUAGCACAAGGUGAAGAGAUAACGAAUACAUACUGUCCUCUUUUAUGGGCUACAAACAGCAGGCGAGUUUUCCUGCAUAUGACAAAAGAAUUUCUUUGCAGAUGUUUAAGAUGUCAAGAUCCAACAGAAUUUGGAAGUUAUUUGUCUGCUUUUUGGUGUAAAUGUGGUGGUACAUAUUUGCCUAUAUUACCACUUAACUUUCACUCAAAAUGGAAAUGUGAUAAAUGCAAUAGCCUGCUAAAUCCAUUAGAAGUUUCACAAAUACAGUCAAAUAUUAAAAAACUUUCUGUUGAACAAAUGGAAUCUAUUUUACACCCAAACAAUACCAUUGUUGCUCAGUUUAAAAUGGAGGCAAUACGAUCACUAGGUGAAAGGAUUGAGGAAUUAGCAACUGAAGAGUUGAUUAAAAAAGAAAAAUACGAGAGGGAAUUGAUGAUCAUAAAUGAUAAAUUGAUGCUAGGAGACACAAGAACCAAAGGCAUCUUAUCCUUGGCACUGUACAAAUCUUUGAGAGAAAAACGACGCCGAAAUGUUCAUUUUGAUGAUGAGGAGUUAAAAGCAAACUUACAAAUAGCAAAAGCUAUUUUGGGAGAAGAUAAUACAGCUCCCAGUUUUGAAUAAAUUGUUGAAUUUAUGACCAUUUUAAUUCCUUAAUAAUUAAAAUUAUAUAUUUCCUUUAUAUAAUGAAAUCACAAAACAUUUAAACUUUGUGUGUUUGUUUAGACUAUCUUAAGCCUCUAAUAAAUUGGAAUUAAAAUUUACUCUAUAUAUUAUACUGUAUAUUAUUAAUCAUGGUUAAUUCUCUUCUUCCGUCAGUAAAUUCAUCUUCCAAAAUGCUAUUUACUGCUAUUAACAAAACCCAUCUUUAUUUAAAUAAUUUAUACUCUACAGGAUUUAGUGAAAGUCAGACAAUUUUAAUAAUUUUACAUACACAAUAAAAAUAAGAGGGGGAGUCAGUGACUGCAAUGAUUAAGGCGUUAACACGGCAACUCGUCACUGUAAAGUAAAGUUCUCAGGUUCAGACCAGACUUUUUUUUUUUUUUUGACACUGAAUAUAAUUGCAAAAAUUAGAAAAAAGACUUGGCAGCAAAGGCAUCAAACAAGAUGCCGAGGUCCUUAAUAAUGUUAGCUGAAUUGAGGGGGUGCCAUUGAUUGUAUAAAUGUAGUUGCUAGAAUUAUUGCACCUUGAGAAGCGGAUAUGGAAACAUUUUGAGGUAUUGAGAUUUAGAUUAUUAUUUAACACUUAGAAUGAAGAGAAUUAAAUUGCUUUGGAGGAUGAAUUGGUCAGAAAAAGAAGAAACAGGUUUAAAGAUUUUUAAAUCAUAAGCAAAGAGAAGAAAAUGUAUAUAAUUAAGCACAGAAUAAAUGUCAUUUAUAAAAAAAAGGUCCUAAUUGAGAUCCCUGAGGAACUCCUGAAAUAGCAUUAAAUUUAAAAGAUUCAGAAAAAUUACUUUGACUAUUUGGAAUCUAUUUAAAAGAUAAGAGUGAAACCAACAGAGAAGAACGCCAUAAAAGCCAUAUGUCUCCAACUUCACAAUCAAAAUGUCAUGAUGGGCUGUGUCAUGUGCUUUUCCAAAGUCUAUGUGAAUUGAAGUGACAUAACAGCUAAUUAAUCUUUUUAUGUAAGGUCUUGGUUGAAAUGAAAAAGUUAG